AAAUACCGAAAUUGCCCUGGAGCUAAAGUCUAACUCACUCACUCGGCAGUUCAGUCGCAUCCCCCCAAGUCCCAACUAACUGACAAAGGAGACACAGAGGCACCUGAGACAAGAGGAAUGGCGUCGGCGUUGAGAUCAGCUAUACUCCGUCACGUGCGAGUCCCGGCGGCUCAAGCCAUAUCAGCCACCGGAUCGCGACUCAGCUCGGCUCGAUGGAUGUCGUCGCACGACGACCACCUCAGCAAGGAGGAAGUCGCCGGCAGAGUCCUCGACGUUGUCAAGACCUUCCCCAAAGUCGAUCCCUCCAAGGUCACUCCUGAUGUCCAUUUCCAGAAGGAUCUGGGCUUAGACAGCUUAGACAAUGUUGAGAUUGUAAUGGCUCUCGAGGAAGAGUUCAAACUGGAAAUUCCAGACAAGGAGGCUGUUAGGAUCGACUCAUGCACACUUGCAAUUGAGUAUAUUUAUAACCAUCCGAUGGCAGGUUAAGGUUUUAAGCACAGCCUUGAUUUUGAGUUUUGUUUGGGAAUGGUUGUGAUGUCCUGAUUUGUGGAAGAUCAUGGAAACCUGAUCCAUAAGGAAAUAUCCAAUAAUCAUUAUGGUGGACAGAUAGUCAUUCUGGAAGCUUUGGACUCCGUACUUUUUUCAUUGGUAGUUUGCUUUUAUUCUGCAGAUGUGGUUUAAUUUUCAUGCUGCUGCAAUCUUUCCUUUCUUCAUAUUUACUUUAGUCAAUGGUCUCACAAUUUGGCCCCCGAUCUCUAACGGGAUCAAACCAUGAAUUUCAUUUUACACCUGCUUGUCUGAUAAUUUGUGUUUGUGACCAAAACAUGAGCCUUCCCUGUGAUGAUUUUUGUGAUAAUUUUCCUGCAA